CACACACUAAAAAUAUAAUCACCCAAUGGACAAAAAUAAGGCUUCCAAUCAUGCUACCCACGUCGAUAUCCCAUGAUUACAUACAACCAUACACAUCUCUAUCCUCACCCCUACCUCUACCCUUACCCCAACCCCACCCAACCUCCAUUUUCAUCUUCAUCUCCCUUUCAUUAGCACACACCAACCCCUUACAUAUCAUGUCUCCUUCAAUUCCCACCAUCAACAUGUCCGACAUCCAGUCUCCAACAUCUUCUUUCAAAGUUCAGUUGGUCUCAAGAUCUGUAUCCGAGAGGCUUCUUGUGAAAUUUGCAGAUGUAUCGGAAUUCGGAUUUGAUUACUCCCAAAGCGGCCUAUGGUCUCCUCCACUUCACCGGACUGUUUUCCUUAGUUCACCUGGGGAAAUCUUGACACCAGAUGAAAUGCUGCAGAAGUUAGAAUCUAUGGGAAGACACCGGAGAAGAUACACAUAUUGUCUCAACGCACUUUUGUGCUCUCCUAAAAGAUGAACUGCGUUGCACUUGCAUUAUUAUAACCAAAUAGUUCUUAUGUGGAUUAUUAUUUUAUGUUUUAAAUUUUUUUUUCCGGGGAAAAAAAGAAGGUUUUGCUACAAUUGUAAAUGUUAGAUUAAACAUUAUAUGUAAUUUUUCAUUAUAUUUCACAUGUUUGCAUGUGAUUGUGUUACGUCAUCCCACGUGAAAUAGGAUAUUUUCUCUCAAUUUCACAAAAAGGAUUAUUAAACAUAGUUUAAAGACACACUGUUUUGUAAUUUAGUUUACUAAUAGUUGGAAAUUAUUUAAGAUAUAG